AUGCCCUCGGUGCUUUGGCAUCCCCUGGGCACAGCACAGACAGCAGGAACACCUACCUGUGGGAAAACCCUUGGGGGGGCGCCGGUCCCACGGAUCGCGCCAGCUCUCGGCCUCCAGACAUGUGCUCCCGGCCACGUCGCCGCACGGACUCCCUUCUCCCAGCCCGGCGCUACACCCCGCCGCCGCCCCCCUCACCCUCCCGCUGGGGUGGGCUCCGUGAGGGGGGUCCCCGUGUGCCCCCCUCCCCCGGCUUUCAUUCACACGGCUGCGGGCUGGCGGUGCCGGCGGCGGGAGCGGCCUGGCCCGCGGCCCGGGGAGCCCCCGGCGGGCGGCGCGGGGCGGUGCGGCCGCAGGAAGCGGCCAUUAGCGGGAGCCAAUGGGGGCGCCGGGCUGUUACCAGGCGGGACGGGCAGAUCUCGGCGCCAGGCUCGCCCGGGCCCGCCGAGACAAAGAGGACUGGGCGCAAGGGCCAGAGCCGCUGCCGCCGGGCCGGACCCCCAGUCUCGUCCCGCGCUCACCCCGGUGGCCGCAGCUGCCCGGCCCAGGGGGGCGGCGCCGCUCGCCCCCCCCGCUGGGGGCCCGCCCCGCUACCCGCCCGCUGGGCGGCGGAACGGGGCUCCGGCAGCGCUGGCUCCUCGUCCCGCACUGCCGCCGUCCCCCCCCCCGCCGUACUCCCGCGGGCCCUCAACCGGCAGCGUCCGCCGGAGCCCCCGGGGGUGCCUGCAGCGCGGCGGCUCUGCUCCCCGCCCCGGGGCUGCGUGCUUAACGGGCGUGCCGCCUCCUGCCCCGCCGCCAGCGCGCCCAGCCCGCGGCGCUGCCCCGCUGCUCCCAGGGGCGGCCGCCACCGCCGCUCGCGGCCCCGGGGGCUUCCGAGGGCGCUUCCUUCCUGCCCGCCGCCCUCCCCGCUGCCGGGGCCGCCGCUCCCGGCCGGCACUUUCUCAUGAUGUCAUCCCGCCCCGCGCGCCGCGCCGGCCCCGCCGACAAGGGGCGCCCGGCCCGCCCCCGCCGGCAGCGCGCGCCGCUGCGCGGCCCCGCCGCCUGAGCGCGCAUUCCUCGCGUGCCGCCGCCCUCCCGUAUUCUUACGAGGAGCGGCGCAGCGGGGGCGCCGGCGCGGAAACCUCCCCCCUCCGCGCCCCGCUCUGGUGGGGGCCGUUCGACCUGAACUGGCGCAAACGGGAGGGGGAGCAGCGGCUUCCGUGGGGGCGGCGGUGUCGCCCCUCAUGCCGCGGCUUCAUACCGCGGGCGCCUCCGCCCGGCCCUCCCGCCUGUAAUUACGACGCGGUAACGAGGCGGGAGGCGCUGAGGUGCCCGGCGCUGCGGCGCGAGGCAGGGGAAACCUCAUGUUCAGCCAUGGCAGAAAUGAACCGACGGAAGGAGACGCACUGAAGGAGGCCUGGCAGACAGCAUCAAGAGUUACCAUCCUCUACCUUGGAUUCAUUUCUCAGCUUUCCCUGGAGCUCUUGGGAACCCACACAGACGUCCAUGAGAUUUUCUUCCACAGAAAACUGCUGAUGCUAACCAUGGAUCUACAGCACAGGCAGCUGUUACCAGCAGUUUACAGUAACCUUCCUCACGCAGGAUCCCACUAUACUUCACAAACUAAUCAAAUACAGCACCACUGACCUGCAACGAGCACCGAGGCAGAGCGUGGCAGCUAUUCAACACAGAGUACAUGGACCAAGAUAGUUUCAUCAAAAGCCACAGAAGCCAGUUCCAUCUCUGGUGGGAAGUGUCCUGGGACGAUCAAGGGCCAGAAUGAAAAAGGAGAGUUUUAGUUCUGAACCUAGUAUCUGGGAGAAGAAAUACAAAUCUCAGCAUGGUUUCCCUGGAGAAAUAAAGGGCAUUGAUGAUGCCUGGCAAGCUGAAGGACUUUUGUUUAUGGACUCACUGAGGUUUUGGGUUGCCUUCUGACCUUGAGCCAUUUUAACCCCUUUGUUUUUUUCUAGCAUUCCUCAUGCUUUUCACUAGAUCAUGCUUGAUGUUUUGGUACUAAGCGACCCUUUUGAUAAUUGUGGUACAGUACUGUAGUCCCUGAAGAUCUCCCCCAUUUCCAUAGCUCUGUCAGCACAAGGAGAAACAGUCUUGACAAAAAUCCCAGCAGGACUCUGAGCACACAGUUCCUGCACCGAGAAGUGAAAAUUCAAGUGCAAUGUGUGGGGUUGUUAUCCUUACAGCAGAAAUGUAACAGCAAUGAAGUAUUGUUUGAAAUAUCAAUCAACGGACUAGCCAGAAUGCAUUGCUUCGGGUGGGCUGUCUCAGAUCUGCAAGAAACCUCAGCUCCUUUUGCCCUGAGAAGGAUUUGGUAGCUGGGGUCAGUUAGGAUUGGCCACACAACUGGAUGACGAAGAGGGACCAAGGCCCCUCAGGAGAGUGGCUGCUGCUCUGGGUGCCACUGUCAGUGCCAGACUCUCAAACACAGGUUUCUUGUGCUCUCAUGCAUCUUCUGACUAGGAAAGCCACAUCCUCAGCUCAGGCUGGAUCUUAUUUCCUGCUCUUAACAUGCUCCUGUUCACAAACCCACGUCUUCUUUAGAAACCCUCACUGCCACCUUCACUUCAGAGCUGAGGGAGCCCAACCAGCGCAGGGCCCUGGCUUCAGUCCUGGUGUAGUUAUCUCAUCCAUCUGGUUCACUGAUAGAGGGAGAGAUGGAAUGGCUCACAGGUAUGCAAUUUUGGACUAGUUUAAAUUAUACCAUGUAAUAGAAGUAAUGAUAAUUAUGAUAAUAUCUUACAAUAUCGAUGAGAAAAAUAAACUGUUGUGUCAAAAUGUA